AUGUCGGAUAUCCAGAAAUACGAUGGCACGACGGACCCACAGGAACACGUGACUUCGUACACCUAUGCCAUAAAAGGCAGUGACGUUGAAGAGGAUGAAAUGGAUUCCGUGUUGUUGAAAAAGUUUGGGGAAACCCUAUGGAAAGGAACGCUGACCUGGUAUGACCAUCUGCCCAAGCAUUCAAUCACUUCCUUCGAAAUGCUCACAGAUGCGUUCAUAAAAGCCCAUGCCAUGGCUAAAAAGGUGCAGGCACGGAAAGCGAACAUCUUUCGCAUAGCCCAAAGGGAUGAUGAGUUAUUACGAGAAUUUGUGAACCGUUUCCAAAGGGAACGGAUGGAGCUCCCUCCGGUUCCGGAGGAAUGGGCUGCACAAGCUUUUACCAAAGGGCUUAAUCCUCGGAGCUCGACGGCCUCAUUUAAACUGAAUGAAAACUUGUUGGAAUAUGAGGCUGUAACCUGGUCAGAUGUUCAUAAUAGGUACGAAUCAAAGAUCCGAGUAGAGGAUGACCAACUCGAGCUUCCCCUGGUACCCAUAAAUAUGAGCAAAAGCUCUGAAAGGUCGAGGAAAGUUUACGAGCCAGAGACGCAAUCAUUGAGGGAAAGAUACCGGCCAUACUCUUAUUUGGAAAAAUCGAGCUUCAGAUCGAAAAGAUCAAGGGUUGGCCCCAAUCACUUUUCUGGUCGGGGUGAUAAACGGGUCGAGCGCCCGUCGAACAGUCUAGAUCUAUCGUUUAGAAGCGAUGUCGGGAGCUCAGCUAGCAACAAAGACCCGCCAAGUAUAUCGGAGUACAACUUCAACAUCAAUACCUCGGAUCUCGUCUCAGCUAUCGGCCGUAUCAUGGAAGCAAGAUGGCCUAGGCCAUUGAGGUCAGACCCGGGUCAACGGGACCCAAGCGUGGUGUGUGAAUAUCAUGAAACCCAUGGGCACAAAACUGAGUAUUGUCGCCAACUAAGGGAGGAAGUGGCUCGCUUAUUGAAGAAUGGCCACCUUCGAGAAUUCCUGAGUGAACGAGCUAAAAGCCACUACAAGGAAAGGGAAUCUCACAAAAGGGCCGAACCGAUAGAACCUCAACAUGUGAUCAACAUGAUAAUUGGGGGAACAGAUGCUCCUCGGGGGCCGGUUAUGAAACGAACAAAGGUUUCAGUUGUGCGUGAGAAGCGCAAUCGGGAUUACGUACCCGAGGGUUCCAUCUCCUUCAGCAACGAGGAUGCAGAAGGAUGA